UCUCCCCCCAGGUAACUAUCUCUCCACUAGAAACAUGCAGCCCUCCCUUCCCAAGGGACACCCAGACUUUCUGGUGAGCAAGUCUGCCCUGGGAGGACCCACCGAGUACACCCCCACAGGAGCCAGGGUCAGAGGAAUAUCGCUUAGUCCAGAAGACCAGCAGCAACAUUCAACACUCCAUUGCUGGCAUUGAGCCUGGGAGAGGGAAUGAACAUACCAUGGGAAACAUCCAUCUGGAGCUCCCGGGGUGAACAGCUGCCUAAUGAUCCUGACCACAGCCUGCAGGGCUGCCAGAGGAAGCCUGCCGACAUGGAAUGGCUACAAGGACUACGCUCACCAAGCAAACUAGGCGUCUGCCCAGCCAACUGGGGGAGCAGAGUGAUGCACAGUCCAUCCAAGUGGGCCCAGCAGCAUGCAGAGGUAUAGCAGCUGGAACCACUUACACCUGUUGUAAGGGUCCAAGCACACUGUACUCAGCAUGGCCUGGACCCAAAUGUGCUCAAGGCCUUGAACAGACUUGAAGCCUUUUAGUCUUUGCAGAGCAAGGGCUCUCUCCUUCCCCAGCCUGCAGGGGACCCCCCUUUGCAGGACAGGGCUGUUUCAAGGGCGGGGGCCUAAACUGUGCCACAGCCAUCUUCUUUCACUCUCCAGAGAAGCUCUGGACUCACGGGGGGAAGAGGGGAAAUUAUCCUCCCUCUGUAGAUUUUAGGGCCCACUAAGCCCCCCCGCUAUGCUCCAGCACAGCCUCGUGUUAGGGAGAUUAAAAGUCCUGCUUGGAGCGGCUGAGCGCUUGGCCGCUUGCCCAGCUCAGGGCCAGCGACUGGCAGGAAACAGAAAACAGGAGGAAACAGAGGAAAGACUCUCAAAUGAAGUGGUUAAGCAGAGGCUGGAGGCACUGGGCAAAGGGAGGGACCAGCAGGGCAGAGCAGCAGCUACUUCCUCCGUCCCCAGGCAGCAGCUGGCAGGCCUCAGGGAACCGCUUCCCAAGGGAUCUGUUACGAUGGAGGAUGUGGAGUCGCGCUUCCUGCACCUUCUGCAGCCCAUCCGGGAUCUCACAAAGAACUGGGAGGUGGAUGUGGCAGCCCAGCUGGGAGAGUAUCUGGAGGAGCUGGACCAGAUCUGCAUUUCCUUCGACGGCGGCAAAACCACCAUGAACUUCAUAGAGGCGGCUCUGCUGAUCCAGGGUUCUGCCUGCAUCUACAGCAGGAAGGUGGAAUAUCUCUAUUCUCUUGUUUACCAGGCCCUCGACUUCAUCUCCAACAAAAAGCGGGACAAACAGCCUACGUCCGUGGGGGAGGACGGCACCGACGCUGACGUGAGCGCUGGGCCCAGGAAGGAGGAGGAAGAGUUCCUCUCCUUGGAUGACAUCAAGGACACCAACGUGGUGAGCGUGGACAUGAAGAAAGAUCACCAGCCUAAUACUGUGAACAUUGUCCCCUUGACUCCGAUGGCCCUGGUACCCCCAGAGGAGACAGAAAAGAAGGACAACCCUCUGUUCAGCCGGAAGGGGGAGAUCCUGGCCAGCCGGAAGGAUUUCCGCAUGAACACGUGCACCCCUCAUGCCAACGGAGCCUUCAUGCUGGAGCUGGCGGGCCUCUCACCCACGCAGUACUUCCAAGCAAGACGCCAGGCUGGGGACCUUGGCAGUGCUACAGGAGGGCAGACUGCUGCCCCAGGAUCUGGAAACGCGCCCGUGGACGUCAGUGCCUGUGAGACUCCGAUCCCAGUCUUGAACUUUUCUGAAAAUGAAGGCACUGUGGCACCAGACGGGGGUGGUGGUGGUGACGAUGAUGACGAUGCAGGACGAGGAGGUGAUUUCUUGUCUGAUGCCCCAGAAGGGGGCGUGGAGACCAGUCCUGCUGCUGUCGAGCACAUUCAGCAGCAGAAGAGUGCGCCUGAGGGCAAGGGGUACAUGCUGCGGGAACGGGCCCCGGCCGUGGAGCCCAGUGUCCACAUCAAGGAGAUGUUGGAUCCGUGGCGAAGCCUUGACCCCUUUGACGACUCUGAGGAUAAGCCCUUUAAGAAAGGCAGACCCUUCACGGUGCCGCGUGAGCUGGACGAUGUGCCUGGCCGCAAGCGGAAGAGGUGGACACCCAGGAAGCUGCAGGACUUCAUGAAGUGGUUCUCUGCAAGCCAGAACGACAGAGCUGACAGCAGAACCACCAAGAAGAAAGGGCCAACGUUCGCUGAUCUGGAGGUUCUGUACUGGAAGCAGCUGAAGGAGCGGAUGGCCGCGCAGAGGAAGCUGCAGAGGAGAAUGGGGCUGCUGCUGGGGAAGCAUCUGCAGGAGGAGGAGCAGCUGGAGGAGGCCGAGGAGGAGCUGAAUGCCGUGGAGGAGGAGCGAUUGGACGACUACCUGGACCAUGACGGGGGGGCAGAUGAUUUCCUGGAGCAGGAGGACGUCCACCCCGCAGCCCUGGAGCAGCUGGCCGAGGGCGACCUGGGCCCCUGCACGAUCCCUGACUCCCUCAGCUAUGAGGAGCUGGUGAGGAGAAAUGUGGAGCUAUUCAUUGCCAACUCCCAGAAGUAUGCCCGCGAGACGGUGCUGUCCCAGCGUAUCCGUGACUGGGAGGACAAGAUGGAACCCAAGCUGCAGGAGCAGGAGGAGCGAGCCGCCUUCGACAUCCACAGCUACGGGGACCAGCUGGCAGCGAGCUGUGGGCAGCUGGGCGAGUGGCACACCUUCGCCAGCCUGGUGGCGGGGAAGCCGGCCUUUGAGGUGUGUCGCUCCAUGCUGGCCUCGCUACAGCUGGCCAAUGACUACACGGUGGAAAUCAGCCAGCAGCCAGGCCUGGAGGAGGCGGUGGACACCAUGCGGCUGCGCCUCCUGACCCAAGAGCGAGCGCACGAGCGAUUCCGCACCUACAUGGCCCCUUCUGUGUCAAACUGACAGCGCCCUGGCUUUCCGGCGUGCAUGGCACCCCCAGGGGCUGCUGCGUUCCUAGAGCCCUGCAGAUUCCUUGUGUAUUUACUGAGUGUACAGCACGCCCUGUACAGCCUCUCCCUUUGCUCUCUGUCCCCAGGCACAGCCUGGGCAGUAAUAAACCACAGGUGUGGUUCUGUGA